AUGAAGUUCCAGAUCGCAUCCUUCCGCGCAGCGGCGCUUGUUGCCCUCAUUGCGAGCGCUGAAGCCGCCAAACAUAGCCAUGGCCACAGCCAUCACCACGAGACUCGUGAUGUAUCUUUGGAGAAGAGGGGUGAAAAGUGCAAGUUUCCAUCCGACGCUGGCCUGGUUGAGAUCACCCCACAUGGGAAAAACGCCGGUUGGGCUAUGAGCCCUGACGAGCCCUGCGAACCUGGCAACUACUGCCCUUACGCUUGCCCUCCCGGCGAGGUGUCUAUGCAGUGGGAUCCUAAGGCGACCUCCUACACUUAUCCUAUGUCCAUGAGAGGUGGUCUGUACUGCGACGACGAUGGCAAGAUCCAUAAGCCCUUCCCCAACCGUGACUACUGUGAGUCGGCCGCUGGUGUGCUCAAGGCCCGCAACAAGUGUGGCAAGGCUGUCUCUUUCUGCCAGACUGUGCUGCCUGGAAAUGAAGCCAUGCUUAUCCCCACCAUGGUUGAGGACCUGGCCGACCUGGCCGUGCCUGGCAUGUCCUACUGGUGCUCCACUGCUGCCCAAUACUAUAUUAAUGCUCCUGGCGUCACCGCGGAGGAGGGCUGUGUCUGGGGUAGCUCUCAGAAUCCCGUCGGUAACUGGUCCCCAUACACCGCUGGUGCCAACACCGAUGGUGAUGGCAACACCUUCCUGAAGAUUGGCUGGAACCCUAUCUACCUCGAAACCACCACGCCUUUCCGCAAUGUCAAGCCUGACUUCGGUGUCGAGAUUGAGUGUGAGGGUAACGGCUGCCACGGCCUACCCUGCAAGAUUGACCCUGCUGUCAACGACGUCAACGAGAUGAUCGGUAAGCCCUUCGUUGGCGCUGGCGGUGCCACCGGUUGUGUCGUGACCGUCCCCAAGGGAGAGACCGCGCACAUUAUCGUCUUCGAGAAGGAGAGCAAUGGCAGCACCUCGUCCGAGACCGUCGAGAUUUCCACCAGCUCUCGUACAUCCACUAGCAGUGCCAGCUCCAGCUCUAGCAUCAGCACCAGCACCAGCAGCUCGACGACCACUACUCCUCCGACCAGCACUACUGAGAAACCAACCUCCACCUCUACCACCUCCAGCUCUACUUCCACCUCCACCUCUACUCGCUCGUCAACUUCAACCUCGAUUCGUACCUCUACCUCAAGCUCUACUGCUAGCUCCACCUCCACGACUCACGUGUCGAGCGUCACUAACCCCGCCCAUCUGCCCAAGUCGAGCCCGGCAGGCUAUACCUACCAGCCGCACGUGCUGACCGGUUCUGCUGAUAUCCAAGCGGCCUCUACAGCGACCGCAGCCGCAGCCGCUGCGUCCACAUCUUCCACUGGCGGUGCUACUAGCGCCACCGUCUCUAUGUUGACUCUGGCCUUCGGCGCCAUUGCCGCCCUGGCUGCGCGCAUCUAG